CCAGUCGUCGGCCCCAACGCCAACCAUCAUGAAGCUUAUAAUCCUCGCCGCAGUGGCCGUUAUGGCUAUCGCUGCUCCCGACAAACUUCCCCAGACCUACAGUGCCCCUGGCAGGGACGAUAGCAAGGAGGUGGUGCCCAUUCUGAAGGACGAGCGUGUUCAUGAGGACGAUGGAAGGUACAACGUGGAAGUGGAGACUGGCAAUGGAAUCGUUAUUUCACAGUCCGGAUCCCCCGAAGGAGAGAGCGGAGCCAUUAGCGCCGCUGGAGAAUUCUCAUACACAUCUCCUGAGGGUACCCCAGUGAAGCUCAAAUUUGUAGCAAAUGCAAAUGGUUUCCAGCCCGAGUCUGACCUGCUGCCAGUGGCUCCUGAGUUCCCCCACCCAAUCCCACAGUUCGUGCUGGACCAGAUCGCCUUCGCUGCUGAGGAAGACGCUGCCGCCGCCCGCGCCGCGGCCUCGGAACCCUCCCGCACAUACUCCAGACCUCAGUAGUUGACGCUUCACCUUGCUAGACCAUCCCACUGAUCACCUAAUGUAUUUAUUAUAUUUAUGAACAUUGAUUGUUUUCCACGUACUUGAAUAAAUUCGGUCUGCACGAAA